AUGGCUUUGAAUGAGAGCCACAAACGCCAAGAACAAUGUUCACAAAUCAUAGCAAAACUAACCCUCGAAGAGAAGCUCUCACUCUUGACGGGCGAUGACAUAUGGACUGUUAGCGCAAAUUUUCCUCGUCUUAUCGUCAGUUCUCAAAUUCGACUUUCCGACGGGCCACAUGGAAUUCGAAAACCAAUCAAUGAUUUAACGCUGCAAGAGGCAUUCCCUGCGACAUGCUUUCCUCCUGCAUGCGCCUUGGCUUGUAGCUGGUCACCAGAUGUUUUGUAUCAAAUCGGAGAAGCCUUGUCAAGGGAAUGCGAUUACUUUGGGGACAUCAAAGUUUUGCUGGGACCUGCAAUGAAUUUAAAACGACAUCCCGGCGGCGGAAGAAACUUGGAGUAUUUCAGCGAAGAUCCAAAUCUGACGGGCAAACUGGCUGCUGCAUAUGUCCGAGGGAUACAGGCAUCGGGACGAAUCGGUGCUUGCCCAAAGCAUUUUGCAGUCAACAAUCAAGAGUCCCAUCGAAUGGUUGUGGAUGCCAUUGUAGACGAACGAACCAUGCGAGAGCUCUACCUUUUAAGCUUUGAGAUCGUUGUGAAAGAAUCGGCACCAAAAUUCAUUAUGGGGGCUUACAAUCGCUUGAACGGGACGUACUGCUGCAAUCACAAAAAUCUAUUGCAAGAGAUUCUUCGAUCAGAAUGGGGUUUCGAUGGGGUUUGUGUUACUGAUUGGGCUGCUACCGACGACAGGGCGGCAUCCAUAAAGGCAGGUAUGGACCUGGAGAUGCCUGGAACCAGUAGAUUACAUCAUAAAAUGAUCCGAGUUGCAUUGGAACGCAACGAAUUGAUGAUUGAAGAUAUCGAUGUGUGUGCCGAAAGAAUUCUUAGGUUUCUGCUGGAAUCCACAUCGCAACCGAAGAUUGCCAAGGAGGAAGAACUCAUGGAUCGCCACAAUGUUUUGGCACAUGAAAUAGCCAUGGAAUGUGCAGUCUUGCUGAAAAAUGACCACCAGACCUUACCACUUGCAAAGGACACCAAAGUUGCCCUGAUUGGUGACUUUGCGAAAGACAACCCACGUUAUCAAGGAAUGGGAAGCUCACAUGUGUCAGCAACCAAAGUGUCUUGUGCGUACGAUGCAAUGGCUCAAUACACUGAUUCCAUCUACUUUGCUCGUGGAUACGACGCUGACAAUGACGAUGAUACGAUAGACCAAGAAAUGAUUGAUGAUGCCGUGGCAGUAGCAAAGAGAGCCGACGUUGUGGUCAUAUUCCUUGGGCUUCCUGAAAUCAUGGAAUCAGAAGGAUUCGACCGCCCUCAUCUUCAACUUCCGAAAGAAUGCAUCUUACUGUUCGAAAGGAUACAAGCAAUUCAUCCAAAAGUGGUAGUAGUCUUGAGUAAUGGCGGAACGGUGGAGUUACCAGACUCUUUUUUGGAGGCUCAGGCUAUUCUGGAGGGGUAUCUACUUGGCCAAGCUGGUGGAUCAGCUAUUGUAGACUUACUAUUUGGCAAGUCCUCACCGUGUGGUCGCCUACCUGAGACAAUGCCCAUUUCUGCAAAGGAUAUUCCUUCCGACUUGUACUUUCCUGGCACUCGAGACCGAGUCGAAUACCGGGAAGGGUUGGAUGUUGGUUAUCGAUACUUUGACACUGCAACUAUUCCAGUGCGUUUCCCAUUUGGCUACGGUCUCACUUACACCACAUUUGAAUACAGUAGCCUACGCGUCAAGGUCCUUCAAGACGACCCGAUGUGCAAGAAGGUCAGCGUAGCAAUAAAUUUGAGCAACACAGGUCCAGUAUCCGCCAAAGAAGUGGUGCAACUAUACAUACGGCCAUCGAAUGCGACGGUGUAUCGGCCACACCAUGAAUUGAAAGCAUUUUCAAAAAUCCUGUUGAAGCCAAGUCAGAACGAGACAUUGACUUGGGAAUUGACUGAACGAGACUUUGCCUUCUAUGAUAUCGGGAGCCACGAAUGGAUCGUUGAGAGUGGCAGUAGCUUUGAGAUACGCUUAGGUGCUAGCAGCCGUGAUAUCCGCCUAAAGGAGAUUGUUACAUUUUCUCGUGGGCGAGAGUCAAGUAGACUUGCACGAGACUCCUAUCCAUCGGGAAAGCAGUCCAUGUCUGUUGAUGACGCUUCUUUUGGAAAGCGAUUUGUGAUAUCUGAUAUUUUUAGUGGGAAAACGGGUAACGCAAAAUCGACGAAUCUGCAUCGAAACUCGUUACUGUCCGAGGUUGGCAAAGCAUCCCUAUUUGGGCGAUUCUUCCACUGGAUGAUCUUUUCCAUUGGGUGCCUUGAAAUACGCCGUGGACCAUCUUAUCGACGGGAAGUCCGAAUGGUGGAAGCAAAUGUGGCAAACUUGCCAUUGCGCACUGUUGCCCUUUUCAGCAAAGGUGCACUCUCGUUUGAAGUCUUGGACAUACUGAUAAUUGUCUUCAAUAAUCAGCUUGGGACAGCAGUUUAUGAAUCUGCUCGUUUAUUCACAAGAAGAGCCUUCAAUGGCGUUUUGUCAAUUUUGAAUUGGGUACGAAGGUGA